CCCCCUGCAGCGCAGCGGCUCCCAUUGGCUGGGGUUCCAGGGGCCCCAGCCAAUCGUGCCAGAGGUCGUGUUUUUCCUGGGCUGGGACCCCCGACACUCAGAAGCGAGGGGCACCGCUGGAUGCUGACUCAGUGACACGUUGACAUCAGUCUGGAGCUGCCGCCUUCCUAGAUGUUGGAUAUUGAGUCCCAGAAGUCCCCCAAGGGAAGAUGGCCAACACCACCCUUCGACCCGCGCUUCCCUAACCAGAACCAGACCCGCAACUGCUACCAGAACUUCCUGGACUACCACCGCUGCGUCAGGAAAAUGAACCAGCGCGGGAAAGGCACGCAGCCCUGCGAGUAUUACUUCCGCGUGUUCCGCUCGCUGUGCCCCAGGAGCUGGGUACAGCGCUGGACCGAGCAGAUCCAGGAAGGGACCUUCGCGGGUAAAAUCUGACGGCCUUGAGUGCGGACCCCCGAAGGAUCACCUCACUGUCGCCCCUCCUCAACCCCCACCGUCCUCGAGUCUCCCGGAGAUUCUAGAAGCCACAAAUAAAGCUGUUGUUGAUGAUGUUUCUUA